UGUGUCUGGCAUGAACAGGGUCAGAGACACUUGUCCCCACGGAGAGUGGCACAGUCAUGAAGAGAAGAACAGUUCCUCACUGCUCGAGAUGGGAAGAGAAAUGCUCCAGUGUGGUCUACGCGGUGCGUGCAGCCACAUUCACCUCGUGGAGGACGCUAACACUGGGGGCAGAGUACGAGGACACCUGGAUGGGGACACACCACGGGAGUCGGCGGGUGGACAACAACGAAAAGCCGGAGCUCAGAGCCGAGGAGGCCAACAUUUGUCCCGCAGAGACGGGGGAACCUUCGUGGAGAAGCGUGGACAUUAGCACUGGAGACAAAGUUCUGCACCUGGACGGUUUUAACAAGACAGGAGGGAGAGACGGCGUCCGUCAACUGAUCUGGAGACACGAGACACUCAACUCUGUGCCAUGGCCUCGCAGAAUGGCUCGCUUCGCGGAUGAUCUUCCCUCCCGCUAUGGAGGAGGAGGAAGAGGCGGCGGAGGAGGAGGAGGAGGGGGUGGAGGAGCGGCCGCCGGCGGCAGAGCAGCAGCCCGGGGAGCAGCAGGUGCUCCCGGGGUCGGCGGAGCUCCUGGAGCCCCGGGCGGUCAGAGGAUGUACAAGCAGUCGAUGGCGCAGCGAGCGCGGACCAUGGCGAUCUACAACCCGAACCCCGUCAAACAGAACUGCUUCACCGUCAACCGCUCCCUGUUCAUCUUCCGCGAGGACAAUGUCGUCAGGAAAUACGCGAAGAGAAUCACAGAGUGGCCUCCGUUUGAAUACAUGAUCCUGGCGACGAUCAUCGCCAACUGCAUCGUCCUGUCACUGGAGCAGCAUCUACCUGCCAGCGACAAGACGCCCAUGUCCGAGCGACUGGACGACACCGAGCCCUACUUUAUUGGAAUAUUCUGUUUCGAGGCCGCCAUUAAGAUCAUCGCCCUGGGCUUCGCGUUCCACAAAGGCUCGUACCUCCGCAACGGCUGGAACGUAAUGGACUUUGUGGUCGUCCUCACCGGAAUUUUGGCGACAGUGGGUUCAGACUUUGACCUGAGGACACUGAGGGCGGUUCGAGUCCUGAGACCCUUAAAACUGGUGUCAGGGAUCCCAAGUCUUCAGGUUGUCCUGAAGUCCAUCAUGAAGGCCAUGGUCCCUCUGCUUCAGAUCGGUCUGCUGCUCUUCUUCGCCAUCGUCAUGUUCGCCAUCAUCGGCGUGGAGUUCUACAUGGGAAAGUUCCACACCACGUGUUUCAAGAUAGACACAGAUGAGAUCGCAGCAGACUGGCCCUGUGGUCUGGAGCCUCCGGCCAGGACGUGUCCUAACGGGACCCAGUGCAGAGAGUACUGGCCCGGACCCAACUUUGGCAUCACCAACUUUGACAACAUCCUGUUUGCGGUGCUCACCGUGUUCCAGUGCAUCACCAUGGAGGGCUGGGUGGAGAUCCUCUACAGCACCAAUGAUGUCGCAGGAAACACGUGGAACUGGCUUUACUUCAUCCCCCUCAUCAUCAUCGGCUCCUUCUUCAUGCUCAACCUGGUGCUCGGUGUCCUCUCAGGAGAAUUUGCCAAAGAACGAGAGCGUGUGGAGAAGAGGCAGGAGUUCCUGAAGCUCCGUAGGCAGCAGCAGAUAGAGCGAGAGCUCACAGGAUACUUGGAGUGGAUCUGUAAAGCAGAGGAGGUGUUGCUGGAGGAGGAGGACGAGAUCGCAGAGGAGAAGUCCCCGCUGGACGGUGCCUGGUACAAGAGGAAACAAAACCUGCCAGUUCUGAAACGAGGCAAAUCAAAGAAAGGUAAAAACGACCUGAUCGGUGCUGAGGAGGGGGAGGAUCCUUUCGCCGACAUCUCCUCUGCCGCUCCUCCCAGCUCGCCGUUUGGCCGCGCCAGCGUGAAGAGCGGCGGCAAGUUGGACAGCUCCUCCUACUUCCGCCGUAAGGAGAAGAGGACGCGCUUCUUCAUCCGCCGCAUGGUGAAGGCCCAGAGCUUCUACUGGAUCGUCCUGUGUCUGGUCGGCCUGAACACGCUGUGCGUGGCCAUCGUUCACUACGACCAACCUGAGUGGCUCACGAGGGCGCUCUACACGGCAGAGUUUGUCUUCUUGGGUUUGUUCCUGACUGAAAUGAGUCUGAAGAUGUACGGACUCGGAGCGCGCAAUUAUUUCCAUUCCUCUUUCAACUGCUUUGAUUUCGGGGUGAUUGUGGGGAGUAUUUUCGAGGUGAUCUGGGACAUGAUUAAACCCGGAGCGUCGUUCGGCAUCAGCGUGUUGAGAGCGCUGCGGCUGCUGCGCAUAUUCAAAGUCACCAAAUACUGGAACUCGCUGAGGAACCUGGUGGUUUCCCUCCUGAACUCCAUGAAGUCCAUCAUCAGCCUGCUCUUCCUCCUCUUCCUCUUCAUCGUGGUCUUCGCUCUGCUCGGCAUGCAGCUGUUUGGAGGACAUUUCACGCCCAAGGAUUCAGGUUCUGGCAGGUUUAACUUUGAAGAGAAGACGCCCACAACAAACUUCGACACCUUCCCGGCGGCCAUUCUCACCGUGUUCCAGAUUCUGACCGGCGAGGACUGGAACGCCGUCAUGUACCACGGCAUCGAGUCUCAGGGAGGCGUCCGCCGCGGCAUGUUCUCCUCCAUCUACUUCAUCGUCCUCACUCUGUUUGGAAACUACACACUCCUCAACGUCUUCCUGGCCAUCGCCGUCGAUAACCUCGCCAACGCACAGGAGCUGACCAAGGAUGAAGAGGAGCAGGAGGAGGCAGCCAAUAAGAAGCUGGCGCUGCAGAAGGCUCUGGAGGUGAAGGAGGUCAGCCCCAUGUCGGCGGCUAACAUCUCAAUCACUGCUUUUGUAAAGCAAAAUCGAGACGCGAUCUCUCGCAGGUCGUCCAUCAACAGCAUUCAAUCACCUAAGGAGCAGCGGGGAAGCAAAGCCAUGUCCGUGUGGGAGCAGAGGACCAAUCAGCUGAGGAGACACAACAUCAGGGCGAGCAGCGAGGCCCUGUUCAACGAGCUCGACCCUGAGGAACGCCUCCGCAUGACCUCCGCCCUCCACCUGCACCCCGACAUGAAGACCCACUUGGACCGGCCGCUGGUGGUGGAGUCCAGGAACGGCGACAAACAGGAGGUGGGAGACGCCCGGCAGGACGGGGUGGGAGAUAACUUCCACACGCACUCCAGGAAACAUCACCGCCACCACAACAGAAACGGGGAGAGCAGAGAUGGAGGCGAGGGCAGGGGGGGGCGGCACCACGCCCACCACAGUAGGGGCAGAGAUCACAGCAGUGACAGCGCCCCGGUGAAAGAGAGGAGGUACAGUCGAGACGGAGGAUUGGGGCACAGGCACCACCACCACCUGGCCGGAUCACCCGAGGAGGAGAACAAUGACCUGCAUGGAGGAGAACGGGGACAUCGCCAUCACCAUUACCAUCAUCCACCCAAAGAAGGGAACGGAAGGAUAGGGAACGGUGCACACGAAGAGUCCAAGAACAACGGAGACACGAAGGGACGCUGCUCUCGGAUACUCAGAACUCAGUCUACUCUGGACGGAGACGAUUGUAAGAGGAACAGAAACGGAGCCAGAGGCCACAGGGAGAAGCAGACGGAUGCUGAGGACAGCGGCCUCGCCUCCAGUCCUCUGCAGCUGAUGCACAGCAGCCUGAGUCUCGGGGAGAAGCAAGAGGACGAGGACAACCAGAAGAACUCCACCAGGGCCAGUCAGGCGGGACUGAACAGCAACGCCAUCCACAUCCCUGUCACCAUCACUGCACCUCCUGGAGAUACCACCAUCAUACCCAUGAACAGCAUCGACUGUGACAACUUCCAAAUCAGUGAGGAGAAGAAAGAUCUGGAGGACGAGGAGGCAGCUAAUGGGCCUCGACAGAUCCUUCCCUACAGCUCCAUGUUCGUCUUCGGACAAACCAACCCGGUGCGACGGCUGUGUCACUACGUGGUCAACCUGCGCUACUUUGAAAUGUGCAUCCUCAUGGUCAUCACCAUGAGCAGCAUCGCCCUGGCAGCCGAGGAUCCCGUGCAAGCCAACGCGCCGCGGAACAACGUUCUGAAGUAUCUGGAUUAUGUCUUCACGGGAGUCUUCACUUUUGAGAUGGUGAUCAAGAUGAUCGACUUGGGCCUCCUCCUCCAUCCUGGAGCUUAUUUCCGUGACCUGUGGAACAUUCUUGAUUUCAUCGUGGUCAGUGGAGCUCUGGUGGCCUUUGCCUGCUCGAGCCUGAUGGGAGGGACGAAAGGCAAAGACAUCAACACCAUCAAGUCCCUGCGGGUCCUCCGAGUCCUGCGGCCGCUCAAGACCAUCAAACGACUGCCCAAGCUGAAGGCCGUGUUCGACUGCGUCGUAAACUCUCUGAAGAACGUCCUCAACAUCCUCAUCGUCUACAUCCUCUUCAUGUUCAUCUUCGCCGUCAUCGCCGUGCAGCUCUUCAAAGGCAAAUUCUUCUACUGCACUGACGAGUCCAAAGCUCUGGAGAAAGACUGCAGAGGACAGUUUCUGGACUACGACAGAGACAACGUGGAGGCUCAGCCCAGGGAGUGGAGGAAGUACGAUUUCCACUACGACAACGUUCUCUGGGCUUUUCUGACGCUCUUCACUGUUUCCACCGGAGAAGGCUGGCCCAUGGUCCUCAAACACUCUGUGGACGCGACGUACGAGGACCAGGGUCCCAGCCCGGGCUUCCGCAUGGAGACGUCCAUCUUCUACGUGGUCUACUUUGUUGUGUUCCCGUUCUUCUUCGUCAACAUCUUCGUGGCGUUGAUCAUCAUCACUUUCCAGGAGCAGGGCGACAAGGCCAUGUCGGAGUGCAGUCUGGAGAAGAACGAGAGAGCUUGUAUCGACUUUGCCAUCAACGCCAAACCCCUGACGAGAUACAUGCCGGAGAACAAGCUGUCGUACCAGUACAAGAUGUGGAAGUUUGUGGUGUCGCCUCCGUUUGAGUACGCCAUCAUGACGCUGAUCGCCCUCAACACGGUCGUGCUCAUGAUGAAGUUUUACGGAGCUCCAGACUUGUACGAGUCCAUGCUGAAAUACUUGAACAUCCUCUUCACGGCGCUCUUCACCCUGGAGUGCAUCCUCAAGAUCAUCGCCUUCGGUCCACUGAACUACCUGAAAGCAGCGUGGAACGUGUUUGACUUUGUGACUGUGCUCGGGAGCAUCACAGACAUCUUGGUCACAGAGAUUAAGGACAAAAUGAUCAACCUGAGUUUCCUGAGACUGUUCAGAGCAGCUCGUCUCAUCAAACUGCUGCGUCAGGGAUACACCAUCCGUAUCCUGCUGUGGACAUUUGUCCAGUCCUUUAAGGCUCUGCCGUACGUCUGCCUCCUCAUCGCCAUGCUCUUCUUCAUCUAUGCCAUCAUUGGCAUGCAGGUGUUUGGGAACAUCGAGCUGAACGAGGACACGUCCAUAAGCCACCACAACAACUUCCAGACCUUCUUCCAGGCCCUGACUCUUCUCUUCAGGAGUGCGACGGGCGAGGCGUGGCACGACAUCAUGCUGGCGUGUCUGAGUAACCGACCGUGUGAUAAGCUCUCGGGCAGCGUGGGCAAGGAGUGCGGGAGUGACUUUGCCUACUUCUACUUUGUCUCCUUCAUCUUCCUCUGCUCCUUCCUGAUGUUGAACCUCUUUGUCGCCGUCAUCAUGGACAACUUUGAGUAUCUGACCAGAGACGCCUCCAUCCUGGGACCUCAUCACCUGGACGAGUUCAUCCGCGUGUGGGCAGAGUACGACCCCGCGGCGUGUGGCCGCAUGUGUUACAGCGAUAUGUACAAGAUGCUCCGCGACAUGUCCCCUCCUCUUGGUUUGGGAAAGAAAUGUCCGUCUCGAGUCGCCUAUAAGCGCCUGGUGAAGAUGAACAUGCCCAUCGCCGACGACAACACGGUGCAGUUCACGUCCACGCUCAUGGCUCUGAUUCGCACGGCGCUGGAGAUCAAGCUGGCGUCUGGCGUCCUGGCUCAGCAUUUGUGCGACGCCGACCUGAAGAGGGAGCUAAAGAGGGUUUGGCCAAACCUGUCGCAGAAGACCAUCGACCUGCUGGUGACGCCACAUAAAUACAAUGAGCUGACAGUGGGGAAAGUCUACGCCGCUCACAUGAUCUUUGACUUCUACAAGCAGAAUCGAGCUAAGAGACUUCAGCAGCAGCAGCAGCACGCAGGAGGACUGCAGUGUAAACUGGGCUCGCUGUUCCGACCCGUGCUGCCCCUCACUCACAUACAGGAAGUGGAGCCGCCAACCUGCAGCCCCAAACAGCCCCUCCCACCCCAGCCCUCGCCUGUCACUCAGCCAUUAUCCCCGCCCACUUCCACCACCACAGCCGUCACCUCGACGAACAAGGACUCAGUACUGAACCAGAGGAAUUCCAUCAGACAUUCCCAAUCCCAAUCCGGAGGAUUCUCGCCGGAAUCACAGAGGCCCAAAGCUCGGAGGAAACUGCAGCGCGGUCAGUCAGAGGACAUGCCGUACUCCACCAGACCUCAGGACGUGGUGCAGCUGAGACAGGUGGAGGUGGAGGACGUCUCAGACACAGAAGCGUACCCAGGUCUGGACGCUCACUACAGAGCGGCGUCUCUUCCUCGACUCAACGCUGAGUAUUACCGGAUCUACCCUCGCCACGCCCCUGGGACCCACCUGGCACCGAUCGUCGACCUCAGUCCGAUAAAGCGCUCUGCGUCCUCGCUGACUCCCCUGCGCCACCACGAGGCCGCGCUGAGGGAGUAUGACCUGGAGCGGCCCGGCCACGCCCAGUCCCCGACAGGGCCGGGACACGUUCUUCAGGGUCAGGACAGAACCCACCACCAUCACCACCACCACCGCUGCCACCGACGCAGGGACAAGGACAAGGACCGGAAGCAGAAGACUGUGGACAGAGCGGCGUCAGUGCAGCCGUCCAGCACUGUUGAUUCGUUCACCGACCCCUCAGACGAAGGUCUGUCCAGAGAGCGGCCGAGGGAGCGCGACCGCAGCCGGCCGCACGAGAGGAGACACCACUCGUCGGCCGGGGAGAAGCAGCGCUACUACUCAUGUGAGCGUUACGGCAGCAGGGAGCAGUGCCACGCCAGGUCAGCUGGUCCCAGCAGAUCCACGUCUCCUGGUGAAGGACAGGACUCUGGGUUAUUUAAACUGUAUGGCAUCAGCGUGGGUAGAACUGGCCCGGUCACCUCAGAUCUGAAUACGCCGGGUCGCAGUCGCAGGCAGCUGCCACAGACGCCCCUCACCCCUCGCCCCGCCGUCGCCUACAAGACCGCCAACUCCUCACCGCUCCUGUCCAGUGCUGGCACCACUGCGACGGGACACCAGACUCGCUUCAGCCGCGGCCUUUCAGAGCACGAGCGAUUACUCUGGGACCACGUGUCCCCGAUACCGGUCACCCGCAUCGGCUCGGACCCUAAUGUAAACCGGACAGAGGACACAGAGGACUUUCAGGACGCUGUGAGCAGCCACGGAGGAGGAGGAGGAGGAGGAGGAGGAGGAGGACGCUCUGCCAGAACCACUGCCUCAACCACAGCCGCAACUGCUGCUGCCGCACCCGUCACACAGGGCCGGGUGGUUCCCAACGGAUACCACUUCACCCUCAACUCUGUGUCCGGACAGGGCAGCAGAGGAGCAGGAAGUCUCAGGGAGAGGGACGAGGAGGACUGGUGCUAACUUUGGCUCAGAACAGAGAGACAGACAGACAGACAGACAGACAGACGGGUCGUCGGUGUUGUACAGUGAAGCCGGAGAAGGAGAAGAGAACGUGCUGUAAACGGGGACCAGAAAUCAUUCCAGCUUUUUUGUCGAGCUACUCUUGUUUUUUUUAUACAACAAACUCUUGAAGGAAUAAAGACUCUGACGAC